GGGGCGGGGUCGCGCCUCCUCCGCGGCUCCGGUUCCAGCCGAGCCUCACCGCCUCGGAGAUGGAAAGCCCAAGGCUGCUCCCGCCUCGUGGGACACGACAGAGUGGUGGUGCUGGCAGCCCCGCGGGCGGCAGCCGGUUCCACGGCGGCCCUGACCCGCGGGCUGGCCAGGUCCCCGCGCGCCGCCUCCUGCUGCUCCGGGGCCCCCAAGAUGGCGGGUCCGGGAGGCGGCGCGAGGAGGCCCGCGCGGCCUCACGGGGCCCGGGCCUGAGCCCGUUGGCGCCCAGGUCGGAUUAUGCUAGUGGCGGCGACAGCGAUGACUUCUUCCUGGUGCUGCUGGACCCGGUGGGUGGCGAUGUGGAGACCGCGGGCGAUGGCCAGGCCGCAGGGCCUGUAUGGAGGGAGGAGGCCGAGUCGGUCCCACAGCUGCAGCAGGGUGAGAGUGGCGCGAAUCCCGCGGGCCGCCAGGCGCUAGGCCCCCGCUGCCUGUCUGCAGUCCCCGCCCCAGCCCCGGCCCAGAACCCGAUCCCCGCCCCAAGUCUGGCACCCGCCGCGGCCUUCACGGGCACCGUCACCAUCCACAACCAAAACCUGCUCUUGCGCUUCGAGAACGGUGUCCUCACCCUGGCCACACCCCCGCCGCCAGCCUGGGAGCCUGAAGUCGCGCCUGCCCCUCAGCCUGGGGGUCUGAUGGCUCCGCAAGCGGGGGUCCAGCCCAACGACUGCCCUGAGCUGCCGCCCGACCUCCUGCUGGCCGAGCCGGCUGAACCGGCGCCGGCCCCAGCGCCUGAGGAGGAGGCAGAGGGCCGGGCCGCAGCCGAGAGUCCCCGCAGGCCGCUGGGCCCGGGCCCGGGCGUGGUGCUGUACCUGUGUCCCGAGGCGCAGUGCGGACAGACCUUCGCCAAGAAGCACCAGCUGAAGGUGCACCUGCUGACUCACAGCAGCAGCCAGGGCCAGCGGCCCUUCAAGUGCCCCCUGGGCGGCUGUGGAUGGACUUUCACCACCUCCUACAAGCUCAAGAGGCACCUGCAGUCGCACGACAAACUGCGGCCCUUUGGUUGCCCUGCGGAGGGCUGUGGCAAGAGCUUCACCACGGUGUAUAACCUCAAGGCGCACAUGAAGGGCCAUGAGCAGGAGAACUCGUUCAAAUGCGAGGUGUGCGAGGAGAGCUUCCCCACUCAGGCCAAACUCAGCGCCCACCAGCGCAGCCAUUUCGAACCUGAGAGGCCAUACCAGUGCGCAUUUUCCGGCUGCAAGAAGACGUUUAUCACAGUGAGUGCCCUGUUUUCCCAUAACCGUGCCCAUUUCAGGGAACAGGAACUCUUUUCCUGCUCUUUUCCAGGCUGUAGCAAACAGUACGACAAGGCUUGUCGCCUGAAAAUUCACCUGCGGAGCCACACAGGUGAGAGACCUUUCCUUUGUGACUUUGACGGCUGUGGCUGGAACUUCACCAGCAUGUCCAAACUCUUGAGGCACAAAAGGAAGCACGAGGAUGACCGGAGGUUCAUGUGCCCUGUGGAAGGCUGUGGGAAAUCUUUCACAAGGGCUGAGCAUCUGAAAGGCCACAGCAUAACCCACCUGGGCACAAAGCCUUUUGUGUGCCCUGUGGAAGGCUGCUGUGCCAGGUUCUCUGCUCGCAGUAGUCUCUACAUUCACUCCAAGAAACACUUGCAGGACGUGGACACCUGGAAAAGCCGCUGCCCAGUCUCUACUUGUAAUAAGCUCUUCACAUCCAAGCACAGCAUGAAGACCCACUUGGCCAAAAGGCACAACCUUGGCCAGGAUCUCUUAGCUCAGCUAGAAGCUGCAAAUUCUCUUACGCCCAGCAGUGAACUUACCAGCCAGGGACAGAAUGACCUCAGUGAUGCAGAGCUAGUGUCUCUCUCCUCUGAUGUGCCUGGCAGUAGCUCCGCUGCAGUGCUGGACACAGCAUUGGCAAACUCUGGAAUCUUGACUAUUGAUGUGGCUUCUGUGAGUUCAACUCUGGCAGGGAGCCUCCCUGCUAAUAAUAAUAAUUCAUUAGGGCAGGCUGUGGACCCUCGGGCCUUGAUGGCCACCAGUGACCUUCCUCAGAGUCUGGAUACCUCUCUCUUUUUUGGAACGACAGCCUCUGGUUUUCAGCAGAGUCCCUUAGAUAUGGAUGAUGUCUCAAAUCUAAGUGUGGGGCCAUUGGUAUCUCUGGGCUCUUUGGCUAUGAAAAACUCGAGUCAAGAGCCCCAGGCUUUGACCCCCAGCAGUAAGCUUACAGUGGACACAGAUGCUCUGACUCCUUCAAGCACCCUUUGUGAAAACAGUGUCUCGGAACUACUGACGCCAACCAAAGCAGAAUGGAAUGUACAUCCUGACUCUGACUUCUUUGGACAGGAGGAAGAGACCCAGUUUGGAUUCUCCAGUCCAGCAGGAAACCAUGGUUCUCAGAAAGAAACAGAUCUUAUCACAGUGACUGGCAGCUCAUUUUUGGUAUGAACUAACUAUUAAUUCCUUGCCACGUGGCUUAUUCUUAUGAAUUACACUCCAUUUUAAGGAUAUUCUGGACUAAAUGUUUAAAUCCAGUAGUCAUUUCUUAUAGGUUUGAAAAAGAACAAAGCCCUGGGCUACAAGUCUGGAGAUUUAAAUUAUGAUCUUGACUCUGGAACUGUCGAGUUGUGUGACCCUGAGCAAGUCACUUAAUCUAUCUGAGCCUUAAUUUCCUUAUUUAUAAAAUGAGGUGGUUUGAAUUGAUUGUUUCUAAGGUCUUUUCAUCUCUGUGAUUCCUUGAUAAGUUUAUUUCCUUGGAAAAAAUAAGGACAAUUUUUAGUGCUUGUGUUGCAUGUGCUUUUUUCCCCAACAUACAUAAUGGUGUAAUGAACAGCCAUGUCCUUAUCACCCAACUUUAACUUUUAUUAAUUCGCAAAUAAUUUUGUUUACCUUAUCUCUAACCCUUUUCAGGAGGUAUUUUGGAAUAAAUACCACACAGUACAUCAUUUCAAUUAUUAUUCCAUAUAUAGUUAUAUAAUGUAUGGGCUCUUUUGGAAAAAUUAUAAUUCCAUUAUCAUACUUAAAGUUAACUGUAAUUCCUUAAUACCAGUAAAUAUCUAGUCAGCUUUCAAUUUGGAAUUAUUUCAUAAAUGCUAUUUAUUUUUAAUAUUUUUAAUAUAGAAUUCCAAUAAAGCUCUUAAGGGUCUUUUUAAUCUGUUUCCUCCUUGAUUCUUUCUUUGCACUUUUAUUUGUUGAAGAACUAGGUUGUUUCACAUGUAGCGUUUGCCACAAUCUUAGGUUUUUGUCAUUACAUCCUUUUGGUGUGAAGUUCCGUUACCCUUUGUUUCCUUUAUUUGGUAGUUGGAUCUAGAGACUUCCUCAGAUUGAAAAUGCGAUUUUGGGGGCAGGAAUGUUUCUUAGUUCAUGAUGUAUUCUUUUAAUCAGGUGGUACAUAAUGUCUGGUUCUUUCUUUUUGUUAUAUUUGCAGCUGCUGCUGAUAAAUGCAUUUAUUGAUGAUUACUUGUGUUUCUGAUAUCAUGGAUUGUUCUUGUAGAAUUACUAUUAGUGGAGGAGGAAAUGUUGUUUAAGGCAUUUAUAAAAGUUUAACUGAAGUAUUAUUCAAUGCCAGAAUAUUUUCUUAAAUAAUGGUAGAAUUAACAAGAAAAAAGAUAACAAAAAUAUGUUGGCUGUUUUUGCCAUUUAUCUUCCUGACCUUUUGUAAUGGGGCAGGAUUUGUUUUUGUUGAAGUUGCCAGCCAGAAUUUUGACAUGGAACAAACCCAGGGUCAAAUUUGUAAGGGAUAAAUGGCCUGAAUAAAUUAGUCUCACUAAGCCUGAGUUUCCUAGCUGUCAUAUGAUCAUGGCAAUGCACAAACAUAGCUAACACACGUUAGACUUUUCUUCUUUUCCAGUUUUUAAUAUGUAAGGAAAAGUAUUAUGCGGGGCAGCCCCGCUGGCGCAGCGGUUUAGCGCUACCUGCAGCCUCUGGUGUGAUCCUGGAGACCCAGGAUCGAGUCCCACAUCUGGCUUCCUGCAUGGAGCCUGCUUCUCCCUCUGCCUGUGUCUCUGCCUCUCUCUUCGCUCUCUCUGAAUGAAUAAAUAAAUAAAUCUUUAAAAAAAAGUAUUAUGUGCUUUGGCGUAUUUUGAUGAAUUUAUAUAAUUUUUUUUUACCCUCUCAGGCCUUUCUGCUGUAAGGGAGAAAUUGAGAUAAUUUAACCCCAUUCAAUGUUUAGGCAAUGAGUUUUGUUAGGGUUAGAGUGAGGUAUGAUACAGAAUCUCUGUAUUUUCUCCACUGAAUAAUCCUCCCUCCUUCCAGGAAUUUCUGUGGGGAAAUGCCAGGAGUAGAGACAUUGCUCAAAGGUAUAUUUGCAACCAUUUCCCUUAUUUCAGUUUAUCACCAUAUCUGCUCUGCUUACAAAGUCAGACUUUGCUGUGACUGCGGAGCCGAGCCUGCUAUUGUGUGAAGCUCUGAUAAUGAAGCAGAGGUUUCCUCCUUUCUGUGGUCUGGAGAACUCAUUGUUUCCAUUUUCUCAGAGUUGGAAGGAUAGAAUGAAUCUGAAUAUUGUAUAAACUGUCUUAUAUAUGAGUGCAGCUUUUGAAUUUUGUGGAACUUCUUCACUACUGGUAUCUUAUUUGUUUUUCAGAACAACCCUGUGUGGUAGUUUUGACAAAGUCUGUACUGUGACAUGUGGCAGUUUAGCCAACUUACAUUCUAAAUGGGCUUGGCUAGUGACUGACAGUUCUAUAUAUAGCUUAACACAAGAUAAAUUAUCUUUGCCUCUCCUUUUCCACUUAUCCAACUUCCAUGAUUCAUUUCAGUGUCAAAACUAGCUGCUGUUUUCCACUGUAAUUGAUUUCUGUUACUUUGUGCUUAACUUUCUCCUCUCUCCACUCCCUUGUGCAUUCCAGUCUUUGCCAUUCCUUUCUUUUUUAAAUUUUUUAAUGGAUAGAUCUUUUCUUGCCCAUUUACUCAUCAUACACACUGAUAAAUGACUCAGAUGAUAAACAAGAUUAUUUUCUACAUUGUUCAGAUGAGAAGUAGAUUUCUGUUUCAUUAUUUUCAUUUUUUAAAAGUUUUUGCUACAGAGUUUGGCUAACUAAUACUCUUAUUUGCUCUAGUGAACUAGUCAGUGGUGUUUGCACGUGAAUGUCUAUGGAUGACAAUUAUUGUAGCACUUUGGCAGUGCACUAAAAACUUGCCACUUUGAAAUGUUUCUGUACUGUGUGUGGGUAUACACACAUAUAUUUUUUUAAGUGGUUGUAUUCAUUUAGUGAAAACGGUAGGCAUACUUUUGUAAAUCAAAAAUACUCAGAAUUUUAUUGUCUACUCAUUCAACUGUUUUCUCCCUUUGCUUUGAAAUAUUUGUAUUUAUAAAGUGCAUUUCAAAAAUAUUGUCAUUCAUUAAGAUCUCUUAAAUAGAUCCCUAUUUUUCAUGUCCAGAAAAUAUGUGUGUUAAGAAUGGAAAUGAAUGCACAAGUAGCAAACAUCAAAUAAAUUAUUUAAACACCACAAGAA